CUUCAUCAUUGGUGCUUUGUGAAUUAACAUUUCGGCUUCGUUGUUGGUGCAUGUGUCAUCGUUUUAGCUUUUCAUCAUUGCAUGCCUUGUGCCUUGGUGAAUUAACAUUUUGGCUUCGUCGUUGGUGCCUUGGGGUUGUCGUUUCAGCUUCUUGUCAUUGGUGCCUUGGUGAAUUAAUAUUUCAGCUUCGUCGUUGGUGCCUUGGGAAGUUGUGUGUUGUCGUUUCAGCUUCUCAUCAUUGGUGCCUUGGUGAAUUGACAUUUCAGCUUUGUUGUUGGUGCCUUGGUGAGUUGUAUAUCAUUGUUUCAGCUUCUCGUUAUUGGUGCCUUGGUAAAUUAACAUUUCAGCUUCGUCGUUGGUGCUUUGGUAGUUGUGUAUCAUUGUUUCAACUUCGUUAUUGGUGUCUUGAUGAAUUCUCAUUUUAA